AUGAAAGAUGAUGAAGCUACGCAAAACUCUUUCAUCCACGAAAACAGAAACAACUUGCCAGGAAUAGAAGAGAAUUUUUAUUCUCAAACGCUCCAAUCUUUGUUAUUAGGUGUACAAAGGCACAAAACACAAAUGCAAAGAAAUUUACAGCAAGGGCAUUCGAAAAACUUAGGUUUUCUCAUCUCAAUUUUUCAUGAUGAUCGUUUUGAUAUGUUAAAUUUGCCAAAUAAAUUAUUUGAAGACUUUAAUGUAUCAUUUAAUUUUGAGUUUCAUCCCAAAGUGUUUACUUUAGCACUUGGAGAUGGCUCUAAUCCUAGAACUUUCCAAUAUAAUACAAAAUCACGUGAAUUAAUACGAUGCUCGGAAACAGGAUGCAUAUCUGAGGAGUUGCUUCAACUUUUUAAUACAUUCGGCAAAAUACAAUGGACAGAUGGCUCAAUAAUAGUCAGAAUUACAGAUUAUCGCUUUGAACCUCAAAGAACAUAUACAUAUCCACUUACAAUAGGUCAAGAUGUUAUUCUUUCCUUUGGAGCUAAGGCUCUUUCUGAAGAAGAACAUCUCGAAGCGCAGAAAAAUAUUUUAUUAGUCGCAAAUCCAGAUUUGACACUUGAUCCUUCACCUGAUGUCGCCAGAAUUAAUUGUGUUCUCGAUGAUCGUAUCAAAAUGUGGGAUUCUGGACCAGAUAAGAAAGAAAAUUCAUCAUCUUUCAACCAGCAGCCAAUUAUACAGUCACAGCCAAGUUCUACACCUAAGAAACCGAUUUCUACGAUCAAACUGAAGAAGAAUCCUCAGCCAAUCUACUUCCCGCCUACUAUUUUCUCCAUUUUCACUAAUACUAAUCAGCCAUUGCCGCCGAAGUAA